ACAGUAAUCGAGACUCAUCAUCAUUCACCAGUUAGAACUAAAACCACCGUUAUAGUCAAUAACCAGUCCCGGUCCAGUUGAGGAGACUCCGGCAGAUGUCACAAAUGGACAGCUCAAGUGAAAGCGGUGAUUCUCUUCAAGAGAAGAUCAUCGACCCUUUCCACGCAGAGAAGGAGGAGGCUAUUCUCAAGGCGUGUAAACAAAGGGACCUCGCCAAGCUACGAGCGCUCGCAGAAUCUCAGGGGGGAUUCCUGAACGAUGAGAUUCGUCAACAAGCCUGGCCCGUCCUACUAGGCCUCCCCCCAAAAUGCUCUUACGAAGACGACUCUUCCUCCUGGCAGGACCUCCCCCCUCACAAAGACGAAGACCAAGUCCAACUAGACGUCGACCGCGCCUUCACCUACUACCCCGACCACGAAACCGAAUCAGCCCGCACCCUCCAAAAAUCCCACCUCUCCUCCCUCAUCCUCUCCGUCCUGCGCCGCCACCCCUACCUCCACUACUUCCAAGGCUACCACGACAUCUGCCAAGUCCUCCUCUUGGUCCUUCCCCCCUCCCUCCGCUCCCCCGCCCUCGCCCGCCUCUCGGCCUUGCGCAUCCGCGACUUCAUGCUUCCCAACUUACAAGCCGCCAUCGCGCAACUCCGGCUUAUCCCCGACAUCUUACGGGUUUCCGACCCCAAACUUUGGCGGCAUUUAUCCGGUAUUACCGAACCGUUUUUUGCCUUGUCAGGGACGCUGACCAUGUAUGCCCACGACAUCACCACGCUGGGAGAAAUCACGCGGUUGUUCGACGUCCUUUUGGCGAGGGAACCCGUGUUUAGCGUGUACAUGUUCGCCGCGAUUGUGAGGUCGAGGAGGGAGGAGCUGUUUGAUACACCUGAAGACGAGCCGGAGAUGUUACAUUCCAUUCUCUCGAAACUGCCGAAGCCGCUGGAUUUGGAGGGGCUGAUUGGGGAUACGGUGGCGUUGUUUGAGGCGUACCCGCCGGAGAAGUUGCCGAGUUGGAGGUGGGGGAUUUCGGGGUGUAGUGUGCUUAAGACGGCCAGAGACGAGACAGGAAAGGGGAAGGGGGAAGUGGCGAGUAGGCAGACGAUGGAGGAUGGGAAGAGGUUUUUUGAACGGCAGGUUAGGGAGUUGAUGUGGAUGGAGAGGAGGCAGAAGGCGAGGAAGUGGAUGUGGAAGAAUAGGAGGCCGGUUAGGACGUUGGGGCUGGCGGUGUUGGUGGGUAUUAUUGCUAUAUUGUUGAGGAGGGUGCCGGGGGGCCCGAUGGCUUGGGUGAUGGCGGUUGUGAAUCGGUGGUGGUUGAGUUAGAUGUGGUGGGUGAAUAGAGCAAAAAUGGAAUGGUGUCAACAAAGAUCGUGAAAGAAGAUUCCCAAGAGCGGAUAUACGUGUGCAGUAAUGGCCAUCGAACAGCGAGAGUUCACAUGA